AUGUCUGACCCUUGUCCAAUCCCCCUCGAAACGGACUCGACUAACCCACAAGUGCAGAACGGCGUGGGCGCAUUUAUCCUACAAUGCAAGCGUCUUGACUUUCACUACUGCGACUGGGCCGGGAGCUCAAAGGGCAUGAAUUCCUUCCUCCGCCAUGCUCUCCCCAAAUUCGCCGCAGAGAACCCCCAAAUCGAAAUCCGGAUAUCACCGCGACCGCACAAACACCCUAUCAUCAAAGGCCAUUAUAUUAAUGGCCGCGAGAAAGCCAUCUGCGUCCGAAACCUUGAGAAGGAUCAGAUCCUCCAGAAAGCUACUCUCUUAAAAGAAGCCAGCGGAGAGAAACUGAAGAGGGUGAGAAAUCCUGUUUCCAGCACAAACGAGAGCGUCAGAGGUAUUUGGGACCCUUAUCAUGGCGACAUCAAGAUGAUAUGA